AUUCACACAAACUAGUAUUACCGAGGCACUCGUAAAUCUACCUGGGGCCUGGGAGAGGUAUUGAACUUAAAAACUGAUGACGACUUGCACACUGUAGCAGGGGUGCUGUCUCUAUCAUGUUUUGUUUUCACAAGUGAAAUUCAGGUAAUGAGUUUUUUAUUUUCACUUUUGCUUCUGUUUUGGAUAUAGUAGCGUUAACUUUUAACUUUCGAGGGUCCUCUUUUGGUUUUAUUUAUUUCUUUUGGACUGCUUCCACUGGCGCUUUUCCGUUGUAGUUUUGCCCUACAUUUUUGUGCGUUUGAUUCUGAACCUUGUUAAAAAUUAACCUGCCUUCACCUGCACUCUUACCCACACUUCUACCUACACAUGAAUGUCUCAUUAUGAAUUGCCCUACUAACCAUUCUGGUAACUUUAGUAUGCUGCUUAAAAAAGUAGGACAUUGUUGCUUUGUAAAAGUCAAUAGCCACAGUUCUUUAGCACUGUAUACUAUACUAAUAUUCAAGCAAAUUCACAAGAAUAUCUGUGACUGGUUACUUUUCCUCCACUGUUCCCAAAGAUUCCAAUCCUGUAACACAUCUCGGAAACUUCAAACCACACAAGCAAAACCUGGAGGAUGUGUCAGUCUCUGUGGUGUGUCAUGCAUCCAAAACCCAACCUCAGUAUUGCAUUGAGCAAUGAGCAGCAUCAAGCUUUCAACAUAUUUGUUGGGCAGUCAUUCUGCAGACUGUUAUUGAGACUGGUAGCGCCGUUCAAAAACCUUGACUUGGUUCAGUGUUUUGGCUCUUUUGUCAGAACAAAAUCUCCGGCCAGUAUUUCCCUAGAGAGACACAACUGCCUGAAAUCCCAAACUCACCAGCAGGAAACGGCUAAUGCCCUUUUAACCCUCUCUGCAUGUGUGCGUCUGUGUGUGUGUUUGCAUCAUUUUUCCCCCCGUUCGGCCAUCGUCUUUUUUCCCCUCCACCUGGAAAAAGUGACUCAUUUCUGUGAAAGUGUUUGCUCAUGUAGGGGAGCGCAGAGGUGCAGCUCAGCAUUUCUACAGUGUCACAGCCUGGAGAGCCUCUAGCAGUGCGUCCACUACCUUCUUGUUGCUGUCCCAGUUGCCUCACAGCUGUGGCUGCAAAACACUCCCCUUCAGAUCCAAUUGAUUGACACUCAACAGGAAGAGCCUGUAAAUCAAAGUGGAUUGUCUGAAGUACAAACAAAACAUGCAGAUGUGAGGAGCAGCUACGUGGUGGUGUGACACUGUACGUGAUUGGCGGGCGGGUUUGUGUGUCUGGGAACCUGCUACUGGUUUUCCACCCACACACCCACAGACACUCAGAGACACACAGAGAAGACAGACGGUCUCUCCGCAGAAACGGCAGCAGGGAAAACAAACUCUCCUCCCGCGAGCUCAGAAACCAACACAACUGUCGUUAAAGUGGAGUCGACGCGAUGUUAAACACGAAAUGCUACCGUUUACUCUGAGAAGACAGCUCACAGUAAGGAAGAGGCUGCUGCAAGAAGUGGGUGAACUGUGACAGCAGCUGGAGAAAUAAAGCCAAAGGAUUUGAGGUCCGCACGUGGAAAGCAUCGCUGAAACACGUCGUGAAGAGUGGAUCUCGUCCUCUUCACUGUAACUGUUUGCCACUUGUUCAUUCCUGCCUGCUUCAAAGAUGAGUGCCAAGUCAGCUAUCAACAAGGAGGUCUUCAUACCCCACGAUGAGAAGAUGCUUGCUGCCGUGCAGGUGAAGCGGAGGACCAAGAAGAAGAUCCCCUUCCUUGCCACCGGUGGUCAAGGAGAUUACAUGACCUUCAUCUGCCUCUCAGUGACGAAUAAGAAACCUUCCCACUUAUCCAUCACUAAGGUGAAGCAGUUUCAAGGAUCUUCUGCCUUCAUAAAAAGGUCACAGUGGACAAUUGAUCAGCUACGGCAGGUCAACGGCAUUGACCCCAACAAAGACUGUCCAGAGUUUGACCUGAUGUUUGAUAAUGCUUUUGACCAGUGGGUUGCUGGUUCAGCAGGAGAGAAGUGCACCUUUAUCCAGAUUCUUCACCACACCUGCCAGCGCCACAGCUCGGCACGGAAACCGGAGUUCGUCAACUGUCAGUCCAAACUGCUGGGGGGUAACAGCAUACUACACUCAGCCGCAGACAGCGUGACGAGUGCCGUACAGAAGGCCAGCCAGGCUCUGAACGAGCGCGGUGAGCGAUUAGGCCGGGCUGAGGAGCGGACCGCAGACAUGAUGAACAGUGCUGAACAGUUCGCUGUCACUGCACACAAGCUUGCCAUGAAGCACAAGUGUUAGACCACUGCCAAAACCCACUGGGUCCGGGGGGAGGGGGUCACCAAUCGCCAGUCGCUGUACAGAAGAAGGAUUCCAGAUUUUAUUGUUUUUAAAAACUAAUAUUAUUACUAUUUGUUAACAAUGUUAACAUUUUAAUGUUUUGGGUUAUUGUAUUCUGGUGCAUCUUCUGGUGGUGACGCAUCAAGCAGAGGGGAGGAAGAGAGGUAAACAAUGCUACUUCAGACUGUCAGCAGAAUGUUUCAUGUUUCUGUUUGCCCCCCCCCAAAAAAGUUUCAAGCCACAGCCAUGACUGUAUUUGAUAACCAGGGUCACUCAAAACACUUCCUCUUUUUAUGUGCUCAGACACUAACACGAGUGUACACAUGCUGACAAGUCAUUAUCAGCAAUUGCUCCAAGACCAGGAGCAGCUUGUCUUGCAGAUUAUUAAUUGUUAUGAGUUAUUUAUGAGUACUGCAGUGAUUGUGCAGUCUGAUUUGUGAGUGACACACACUCUCAGGUGUGUCUAGGAUUGAGUGGCACUAUACACGCAAAUAUUUAACACAAAAUAUUUAACACAUACAUACCUGAAGAGAGUCCAGAUUUCUUACUGGAUGUGUAGAUUGUAGCAGAUAAAAACGUACAUGCACCUCCUAAACCUAUAACAUUCAGAGAGUGGCAUGUUUGUGGCAAAAACUUUAAUGCUACACCUGAAAAUCCAAAAGUAUUCAUUUUCAAUUUAAUGUUUCCUUCUCUUGUUUGACUCUUGGACAUUGCACACUUUUAGUCUGUUGUUCUGUCCAUGAUUUCAAAUUGUAUCAAAUCAGUAUUAGUCACUAUGUUUUCAAUAUAUUAUCUCAUAAACUGCAGGUGAGAUUGACUGGAGUAGUUUUGGUGACAUAAUAUACAACAACAGUGAAAAUAUUUAGACCUCUGUUAGACUUGUUUGUCAUUCAAAUACAACCAAAACGAUAUAGAAUACAUUUGCCUACCAACAUUUUUGGAAGUGUAAUUGAAGAACUCGCUUUGAGAAUAAGCUUUUUUUCAUCACAAUAAUUUAUGUUAAAGAGGGGAAUUCAGUAAACCAGCUUCUGCAUUGUAAAAAGCAAAACAUAUAAUUCUUCUAGUACUAUUAUCUCAAUGUCUGUAGAGCUAAUAUGUCCCAUGAACAUGGGAUGUUUUGAAAUUACUCCUGGCUGUAUUUCAACUUUAAACAUUCAGUAGUCAUCCCUUGUGCUUUUUGUAUAAUUUGGAUUGUCAUAAUAAUCAUAAUAAUGUGUGUGCUGAUAGAUAAAGGACAAAAUGUCUCAAAUAGCAGCAGCAGCAGCAGCAGCAGCAGUGUGUAGUAGUUUAUUUUUGUGUCAGUGCUCUCACACUGCCUGUACCUGUGGCUUCCUCACUGGCAAGAUACCACGCUCCAAAUCAAGAUGUAUUUGAUUCUUUUUAUAUUUUGAAUUUUAUAAUUCAUGACGUUACAAUGCACUGACAACCUUAUCUCGCAGAGCACUGUUGAGUUCAUAAUGAAACGUUCCAGUUGCCUAACUCUUAGUGUGCUUUUAUUCCUCUCUCUAACACUUUGGAUGUUUAUUGUUUUAAUAAAAAAAAAAAAACACUAUAAAAAUGAAUUUCUAUUAUUCUCAGUGUCCUUUUUAUAACCAACUUUAACAGUUCCAUCAAACAAUGGAAUCAGAAGUUGUACAUUUAUUUUGUUGGGUUUUCUUCAUCCUUACUGAUGCGUUUGUGUAUUUUUACUUACAUGGAUGUUCCCUACUCAUGAACGAUAAGCUGCCAAAAACUCAACUGUCUCAAGGAUACUUUUCUCUGUCUGAUGUGCUCAGUUUCACUUCAUGCUUCAACAAAUGCUCGUGUCACACUGAUCUCAAUUCUUGAUAACACUGCAAAUGUGAAAUAAAAUCCACAAUCACAAUAAAAUGGUUCUUUAUUGGUGC